AUGGUAGGUGCUUCUAGGAUGCGAGGGAAUGACACAGAUCAACUUGCUUUGCUUGCAUUCAAGGCCAACAUCAUUGAUGAUCCAUUUCAAGUAUUGAGCACAUGGAAUGCAUCGAUCCACUUCUGCGAAUGGCAAGGAGUUACAUGUGGCAGGCGCCACCAAAGGGUCACCAUGUUGGACCUAGGAUCCAAGAAAUUGACUGGGUCAAUACCCCCACAAAUCGGGAAUCUAAGUUUUCUUAGAAAACUCGAUCUACAGAACAACAGUUUUGUUCAUGAAAUCCCCCCUGAACUUGGACGCUUGCCCAGAUUGGAAAUUUUAAUGCUACAAUAUAACUCCUUUAGUGGCAAAAUAUCUGCCAAUUUAUCUAGAUGCUCUAAUCUUCUUGAAUUCUAUGUUUGUCGCAACAAACUGGGAGGGGCAAUUCCUGCAGAGCUAGGCUUGUUGUCCAAGCUCAAAAUUUUUUAUAUGGCUUUCAAUGAUCUAACUGGCGAUAUCCCUCAUUCCUUCAUGAACUUAACAUCUCUUAAGAUGCUUUAUGCAACUGGAAAUAAUUUUGGUGGGCAUAUCCCCGACGGUCUUGGCCAACUGACCAAUCUAACAACAAUUGCAAUUAGCGUAAAUAUGUUGUCUGGUACUAUCCCUCCCUCAAUCUUCAAUCUCUCUUCUCUAGCAGUUCUUGACGUGGGGGCAAAUAACAUCCAUGGCAGCCUUCCCUCAAAUAUAGGCAUCACACUUCCAAAUAUUCAAUUUCUUGGCUUUAGUGAUAACCAAUUUAUUGGGUCAAUCCCUAAUUCAAUAGCCAAUGCCUCGAACCUGGAAGUUUUACAAAUUGAUGACAACAAUUUUACAGGAAAAGUGCCUACCAUGGGAAACCUAUAUAAGCUUGGGGUUGCAUUGUUUGACAAUAAUAGUCUUGGAAGUGGUGGACCUGACGACUUACACUUUCUCUCUUCUCUGACAAAUGCCACGGAGUUAAGAGCGUUGACUAUGGACAUUAAUAAGUUUGGUGGCAAACUUCCUGAAUCCAUCAACAACUUGUCAACGGUACUCGAAUUAUUCAGUUUUAGCGAGAAUUAUAUAGUUGGAAGCAUCUCAACUGGCAUAGGAAAUCUCAUUAGCUUGAAUUCUCUAUCCAUGUCAGGCAACCAACUCACAGGUUAUUGGUCUGUCAUCCUUAUCAGUGUAUCUAAACUUGUCUCGAAACCAUUUGAGUGGAACUCCUUCCAAGGGUCUAUGCCUUCAACUUUAAGUUUCUUGAAAGGUAUUCAAGAAUUAGAUCUUUCACGCAACAAUUUGUCAGGAAAAAUUCCUGAAUAUCUGACAGGCUUUCAGCUGAAGAAAUUAAACCUAUCCUUUAAUGAUUGUGAUGGUGUGGUACCAAUCAAAGGCAUCUUCAAGAAUGCGAGUGCAACUUUCCUUAUGAGAAAUCCUAAGUUAUGUGGGGGUGUCCUUGAAUUGAAAUUGCCUAAAUGCAACUUCAAAGAAUUGAAGAAAAGUAGGUCAACUUUAAUCGUUAAAUUACUAGUGUCAUUGUCUUGUGGCCUUCUAGGAGUAAUUUUGGCACUGUGCGUUUUAUAUCUUUGUUGCUUCAGGAAGUCAAGAACAGAGAUAUCUUAUGCUGUACCAGAGAAUUCACUUUUGAAAGUUUCUUAUCAAAGCCUUCUUAAAGCUACUAAUGGAUUUUCUUUAGAAAAUUUAAUGGGUGCAGGAAGUUUUGGUUCUGUGUAUAAAGGAGUUCUUGAUCAGGAUGAUGGUACUGUUGUUGCCGUAAAGGUACUUAACCUUUCGCGCCAAGGGGCUUUCAGGAGUUUUAUUGCUGAGUGUGAGGCCUUGAGGAACAUUAGGCAUCGAAAUCUUGUUAAGGUAGUCACUGCUUGUUCGGGUGUUGAUUACCAAGGGAAUGAUUUCAAGGCAUUGGUUUAUGAGUUCAUGUCCAAUGGGAACCUAGAAGAGUGGUUGUAUCCAAUUCAACAAGAAUAUGAGGCAAACGAGGAACCCAUGAAGUUAAGUCUAUUUCAGAGAUUAAAUAUUGCCAUAGAUGUUGCUUCUGCCCUAAAUUAUCUUCACCAUGACUGCCAGAGUCCAAUAAUUCACUGUGAUUUGAAGCCAAGCAACAUUCUUCUAAACAAUGAGAUGACUGCACAUGUUGGUGACUUUGGCUUAGCACAAUUUCGUCUAAAUGCUUGCUCUGUGAAUUAUAGUUCUAUUGGACUAAAAGGAUCCAUUGGCUAUGUUGCACCAGAAUAUGGCAUGGGGAGUGAGGCAUCAACUCAUGGGGAUGUGUACAGCCAUGCUAAUAGUUACAAGAUUCGGGAGUGCUUGAUUUCUGUCUUUGGAGUUGGAAUCGCAUGUUCAGAAGAAAGUCCAAGUGAACGAUUGGACACCAGUGAAAUUGUAGCCAAUUUGCUGAACAUCAAGAACAAAUUAAUGGGAACUGAAAACAUACGAGGGAGAAGAGGAAUUCAAAUAUAA